UGCCAGGUGGAAGUGCUAACCAUUUAGCCACUGUGCGGCCUGUUAACUUUACAUUACUGCUCAUCAAUGCCACCUACCAGUGCCCAUCAAUGCCACAUAGCAGUACCUACCAGUGCACAUCAAUGCCACCUAUCAGUGCCCAUCUAAGCUGCCUUUCAGUGCCACCUAUCAGUGCCAGUCAGUGCCACCUAUCAAUGCUACUCAAUGCCGCCUAACAGUGCUGCCAAUCAGUGCCACCUAUCAGUGCCACUCAGUGCUGCCUGCCAAUGCCCAUCAGUGCCACCUACCAGUGCCUCCUCAUCAGUGCCCAUCAGUGCUACCAAUCAGUGCCAAUCAGUGCCGCCUAUCAGUGCCCAUCAGUGCAUCCUCAAUAGCGCACAUCAG